AUGGCUCCGCCGGCUCCCCUCCACCCUCCCUCCCCCUCCGGAUCGACCGAACGAUUGGCCGAAGAGCUAGCCCCAACCAUUGGCCAGCUCAAGAGCAUCGGUGCAGGCACCACGAUCACUCUGUCCCAGGCUCAGUCGACGACCGAAUCUCUUCUCCGCCUACGCCAUACCUUCAUAGAUGAUGCACGUCCACGCACUGCCAAAGAUGCAUUCCGACAUCUCCAGGGCUUUCAAACGCUACUGGCGUUGGCAGACCGGGUAGCCGAACUCUACGAUCCGGUGCACAAAUCCACAGAGGAAAGAAAAAGCCUAUUGGGCAUUUUUAAAGAUGUCCUCGGUGUGUUGGCAGAGGGCCUGAAGGAUCAUUUUGGCAACAAGCGAUAUUUUUCUCGAAAGAUAGUAGGGGGAGGCAUUUCUGCACUGGAGCGAAGUUUGACUGCGCUGGUCAAGAAUAUAGACACCACUGAGGGUGACGCGCAACAUCUCUAUGGCGCUAUUUUGGCCGCAGCUUUGUGCCAGGAGACAGUGUCGGGUAUUUUUGUAACACUCAGCACCAAGUUUCCCCAUAAUAAGGGCUCUCUGUCCCCAAAAGACGUCCAGGAUGCCGUGGAUCAUUGCAUUGGAUCAGCUGAGACAGUGGAAGUGCCGGAACUACUUGGACCAUUCCUCCGUGUGUGGUUGAUUCACUCCUCUUUGUCAUCUGGAUAUGACUUGUUACGCCUCGCCUUGCCCGCAUGUCUCUGUCAAUUGGCCUCGCAGUCUCGGAGGAACGUCGUAGCCUUGCAUGCCACUGGUAUGCUCACUUCAAUUCUACCUCUCUCAUUCGAUGGUGCACGGUCAGACAGGGAAAAAACAAUUUACCAAGAUCUCGCCCAAUCUCUCAGCGUCCAGGGAAUGAGUAGCUUGGAUGAUGCUGUCGCCUUAUACCGCGGAGCGCAUGAGAACCCGCAAGUUCUAAAAGGCCUAUUGUCUGCUCUAAAAUCCUCCAAGGAACCUCCGUUAAUACAGUUCGAUAUGUCCCGCCAUGGGUAUUGUUCAGUCGAGUUUGCAACACUCGGUCGACCAUUCCCUCCUAUCAACUCCUCCGGCUACACUCUUGCAGUAUGGGCUCGUUUCGACGAGUUCGAUUCCAACACGCAUACUACUAUAUUUGGAGCAUUCGAUGCAAGCCAAACAUGUUUCAUUCUUGCCUACCUCGAAAAGGAUACGCGAAACUUCAUCCUUCAAACUUCCAUUCGAGGUUCCCGUCCUAGUGUUCGGUUCAAGUCGGCAAAAUUCGAGCUAAAUCGCUGGUACCAUAUUUGUGUUGUUCAAAAGAGACCGAAGCCAAUGUCUUCUUCCCGCGCAUCUCUUUUCAUAGACGGCGAGUUUGUGGAACAACUGAAGAUCGAAUACCCAUCCGUUCCUAUAGGCCAAUAUCCAAGCAAACCAUUUCGCGUGCAGGCGUUCUUUGGCACCCCUCAAGACCUGGCAAUGCGUCUAGGAAAAGACGUGUCCACUUCCCGAUGGUCUCUUGCGAAUGGAAUCCUUUUUGAUGAGGCUUAUAGCGACGACAUGGUAGCUGUUUUCUACAACCUUGGGCCUCGGUAUUAUGGGAAUUUCCAGGAUUGCUUAGGCUCUUUUCAGACUUACAAGGCCUCUGCGACUCUUAACCUGCGGAACGAACAUCUUCACCCAGGUAAAGAGGAAGCCUCGGACAUUGUCACUGCCAUCCGUAAACGAGCGAGUACAUUGAUUCGUGAAAGCUCGAUUUUGAUCAAUGUCUCAUCUGUUGUCGUUCUUGAUGACGAUGAUAGUAACAAUGUUGACGAAUCACAGUUGAUAAAAUGUCUCUCGCGGCAAGCUGCCAAGAGUCUGCAACAGCUAACAAAGUCGGGCGGCAAUGCCAUCGCUGUCAACGGCGCCACUCCGGCUAUUAAUGACAGCUUAACACAGCCUCAAGGGGUCGGCAUCCUGACAGGCGAUCCCGUAGUUGCUGUUCCUAGGGCGAUGGAUGAUGCUAGUUGGUGUCUAGGUGGCUGCGCCGCGGUUCAUCUAAGCUUGAUCAAGGCGGCCAGGACUGCGGAAAGCACUCGAAUGGCUGUGGAAGCUCUCUACGAAGCAGUGCAGGACAACUGGAGAAACAGUGAGGCCAUGGAAAGAGAGAAUGGCUAUGGUAUUCUUGCUGCCUUAUUGCGGGAAAAACUUGGGUUCUACAUGGGAAAUUCCCCAACCGCGUUCAAAAUCCCGGUAGUUAGCACUGACCCCGAGGAGCUGGCUUCCUUGAUGCUUGAUCUCCUACGUUUGACUCUCGGAUUUGUUGGCUAUGACUUUGAAACCCCCACUCACUCCAUCAUCACGAACCCCCUCGCGUACCGUGUUCUGCUCGUGGACAUGGACUUCUGGCGGCUCGGAGAAUCUCAGGUGAUUGGAUUGUACUACUCUCAAUUCCGGACGUUUGCCGCCGACAGCAACUAUCGCCGAUUCAACGCCAGGCGUCUUGGUCGUAUGCGUGUCAGCAAAAAGCUACUGGAAACUUUGAAGGGGGGAGAGCUGACCGUAGAGUCUCUCCAGCCUUGCUUAUCGGCAUUCCGCUCGUUGAUGGAGAGCAGUCCUUCUCCCGAUCUUCUUCGAUCACUAUCUUUGUCCAUCACGUAUGCACUGCAUAAGCCAAAGACUCAAACAAAUCUCCAGAGAAAAAGGAGCAUUCGUUAUGUGGCCAUGUCGCCUCGACCUGCGUCUGCGAAGUCUGAAAGCAAUUUUAUCUCCAGCGUGACUUUGGGCAUUGAAAUGUUACGGCUGUACUCUUCCGUGUUGUGUAACCCGCAUGACCCUACGCCAUUGAGGAAAUUUGCUAAGGCCGUCACAAACAAGUGGCUACUUUAUCUCAUGUGCGAGGAUGAGCCCGAGGUUGUGAUACUUGCAACAAAGAUCCUGGCCCGUUUAGUCGUGGUUAUUGGCAGUGGAUACAGCAAGAAGUUCGCGGAGAAGAGUGGUGGAUACAUCAUUCUAGAACACCGUCUGCAGAGAUGGUGGGAUGUCCCCGCAUUGUGGCCUAUCUGCUUUUCUAUCCUUUUUGGUGUUGAUCAUGCCUUGCUGAAUCUCGACAAAGCCUUUGACCCGUCUGAGCUGCUCAAAGCUUUCUUGACCGAAAGCGAUGUGAAGGUCGUCUUCUCAGACAUGUUGCCAGUUAUUGUGAAUAUGUUGAAAAGUGGGGUGCGCAAUUUGACCAUGGGAAGUGAUGCGCAAGAAGACACCCAAUGCAACAAGCUUAAAUUGAACAGUCUCAAGUUUCCUGAUGAUACUCCCUCAGACCAGAAAAUCCAUGGGUUUGCCCUGGUCAAUUCGGUUGUUCAAUUCUUAGAAGAAGCACGUGUCAGGUCACCAAGCUUCCAGGAUUUCACUGCGCAAUCUACUUACGUGCAGGAGCUACUUUCUGUGCUCUAUCCCGUUGUUGUCGGUGCCGAUACCGUCAGCCCCAACACAGAACUGAAUUUCCGACACAGCGAACUCAUCUUCGAUGACAGCAACCUGGUACUACGACCGCGCUCUAGUACUAGCAACCCAUUGACAGCUUUGCAGACAACUAUGGUUGACUCCUUGGGCAGUUCCGAUGAAAACACUGGUUCUCUUAGACGUGGGUCAUCCUUCAUUUUAGUGCCUCCUGAUAAAUCCAAGCACCAGCCCUCUUCUGCACGGAUACGACGGUUCGUGAACCCAAAAUUUGUUGGAAAUGAAGCUGCCACCAGUCAUCCUAUCGUCAAGGCAGUCUUCAGGCUUGUGCUGGCUGUCUUCGAAGAUCAGCUUUUAGGGCGCAAAGACUUCUCGGGCCUUGGUCUAUAUCUGAAGACCCCGCCUGGCUUCCCGGAGCACCAGGCGUACUUUAAUUCUUGGGUUUUUAAUAGUGUGCUUUCAAAAUUGCAAGAUCUUCCUUUGGUUCAACCAGGUCUGCUUCAUGAAACACGAACACUUACGAACCUCGGGCGCUUCGCAACACAUUUGACAGAGGCUGUUUACGAAGGCUGGUUCAUUAAAGGGGCAUCAUCUACACUCGAAUUCAUCGGUACAAUUCUGGAGUAUCUCCAGCGCCCAGACAUAUCUCAGUUGAAAAGCAUUCGUUUAUGUAGCCAGGCUACCGCAACGAUUCGCUCGACUCUGUACAAAGUUGUCUUAUUUCAGCUGUCAGAAGCAGAUGACACCGAAACCGUGAUAUUGCUAAAUCAAUUGAACUACUGGCAGGUGGUCCUUCUCUCGGCGGCUGAAACCCAAUCGAAACAUUUACACCUGCUAUGCUAUCUGCUGUACACCAAACUAAUCAGCACAAAUGGUGCUCUCCGCUCAGCUGCUAUUCGCUUAUGGAGAAUCAUACUGGUACAAGCACCGGAUGAGAUAACAGCACUUCUCAGUCAUGGACCUGUCUCUCUCCAGCAUCGGUUGACUGAGGGAUUUGACGCACUUUCGGGAAUGGAUGACGAAUCAUUUUUGCAAUGGAUUGAUGACCAGCGCGACGGUCUGGAUUCCUUGUUCUUCGCUGUAAUCUCUCGAUUGUGGGACACCUUCGUCCACGAGGAGAACACAAGCGCCGAAGAUUCUGUCAGGUCUCGGAUAUCGAAGCGUAAAGACAAACUCAGACAAUGGGCUCAGAUCGAGAAAUUCGAUGAGGACAUGACGCGAAAGCACGAGUCUACUUUGCCACAUUGGAUCUCAAACAUUGCAGCAUCCGAGUUUUUGAAGUCUCAACGAUUCUCGCAAGAUCUUCAGGAUAGCACUACUUUCAUGUGGUCUGCUUUAUCCGACUUACUCCUUGACUUGCGACGACCCGGCGGCCUUCUCGUAGAAGAAAGGGAGCGGAGAUGGUGGCUGGACCAGACAGAAGGUCGCAGCCGUAUGCGUCUACGUCUGGUUCCAGAUGAGUCGGGCGAUCGACAGGACUAUCAGCCUAAGCGUAAAGCCUCCGAGCCCCCAGCAAUCAAAAUCGACACCCGUAUCCGUGCACUCUCAGAGGGUGAGACUUUGACGGUGCCUCUCCCAGGGGAUCCCUCGCCGAACGAUGAUGCCGACAACAGGAGCCUUAUGGAAGAUAACUUUGAGCUGAUUGACGAUCCCAAAAUUGAGCUCGAAGACUAUGAAGAUAGAAACCGGAAGGUGAUGCGAUCUCUUCAACGUGGCGAUCAAGUGCAAAGUGUGUGUAACCUUUCUCGAAUUAUUGGUCUAGAAGCAGUGGAAGGUAUUUCAAUAAUUGGCAAGGACUGCAUCUACAUCCUGGAUAAUUUCUUUCAAAGAGCAGAUGGCGAGAUUGUGAACGUCUGGCAAGCCCCCAAUGAGGAACGAGAUCCCUAUGUGCGCAUGAUUUCUGGUCGCGAAUCAAAUGACCCCCGCUCGCAGGAACAUGAGACAAGGAGUUGGAAAUGGUCUGAUUUGGUCAGCGUUUCCAAGCGUCGCUUCCUGUUCCGCGAUGUUGCUCUUGAAAUAUUCUUUACGGAUGGUACCAGCUACUUGUUGACAUUGCUUUCGGCUCGAGCUCGAGACGAUCUGUACAAUCAACUGGCUAUCAAGGCACCACAGGUCACCGGAAGCACUGGGCACUCGCGACCAGAAGACGUUUGGCGAUUCGAAACACUUCGCAGUCAAGACGAUGCACCACAGUCCCUCGGGUCUAAAUUUGCUAGUGUCUUUGGUCAUCUUCCGGCAAACCCGGCAACGCGAAAAUGGGUUAAGGGUGAAAUUUCCAACUUUCAUUAUCUGAUGUUGAUCAACACAUUUGCUGGGCGUACGUUCAACGACUUGACUCAAUAUCCAGUUUUCCCCUGGGUUCUGGCAGACUAUACGAGCGAGGAACUCGAUCUUGGAAACCCGGCCACAUUCAGAGACCUAUCUAAGCCUAUGGGUUGUCAAACACCGGAGCGAGAAAUGGACUUCCGUGAGCGUUACAAUGCUUUUGCUGAGAUAGGAGACGACAAUUCACCCCCUUUUCAUUAUGGAACACACUACUCUUCUGCCAUGAUUGUCAGCUCCUACCUCAUUCGGCUUCAACCAUUCGUCAAGUCAUAUCUUCUACUCCAGGGUGGCUCAUUCGAUCAUGCCGAUCGCCUAUUCUAUUCAAUCCGCAAGGCAUGGCAGUCGGCAUCGCGAGGGAACAUGACCGACGUUCGAGAGCUUACCCCUGAGUUCUUCUAUCUUCCGGAGUUUCUUGUGAACUCCAAUCAUUAUGACUUUGGUCUUCUCCAAAACAUGACCACGGCCAUUGACUCGGUUGAGUUACCACCUUGGGCAAAAGGCGAUCCCAAGAUCUUCAUUGCGAAGCACCGGGAGGCACUUGAGAGCCCAUAUGUGUCGAAGAACUUGCAUCGCUGGAUUGAUCUCGUUUUCGGCAGCAAGCAGAAGGGCGAGGCGGCUGUUGAGGCUGCCAAUGUCUUCCACCACCUCUCUUACAAAGGUGCCAAAGACUUAGAUGCCAUCGAUGAUCCAAUGGAACGGUUAGCCACCAUUGGCAUUAUUCACAACUUCGGGCAAACCCCUCACCAAAUCUUCCAACGACCUCAUGCCCAGAGGGAAGACCAACGACACCGCAUACCCCGUCUAGAUACUCUUGCAGAAUCGCUGACCCAAAUGCCGUUGUCUCUUCUUGACAUUGAGGAGCGAGUAGUUACCCUCUCGAUGAAACAAGACCGUUUGCUGUGUACCUCUGCCCUGAGACUCAACAUACCACCGGCCUAUGAUUACUACAUGGAAUGGGGAUUCUUCGAUGGCAGUGUUCGUUUCUAUGCCGCCGACACUCGCAAGCUUUUGGGCCACUUUGAGCACCUUCAUGUUGGGCAAUUGUCUCAUGCCAGCUUUGCGGAUUCCCGCACCCUUAUCACCUGCGGUAGGGAUUGUACGAUAUCAUUGUGGACGGUCACCGCAACCUCCAAAUCCGUUGAUUUGCAGCCCAUUGGAUCGCUCUUUGGCCAUCGAGCUCCAGUCACUGUCCUCGCAGUUUCGCGAUCCUUCAGCGCUUUGUUGUCUGCCUCUAAUGAUGGACAAAUUAUGCUGUGGGAUCUCAAUCGACGAUCCUUUGUACGACCCCUUCCCGGUGACGGUGCGGUAGAUUGUGCUCGAAUCAACGAUGUCUCUGGAGACAUCAUGGUUUGUCGUGGCAAUCGCUUGACAUUAUAUACCCUCAAUGGCGUCUUGUUGGCUGAUCAAGCAGUCUGUGAGGCGGCAGACGACCACGUCUUGUCCUGCGUCUUCUACGAGGGAGUGCAGAAUGAAUGGCUGGAUCGUGAAUUAUUGUUGACAGGCCACACUCGUGGUGUGGUUAAUAUCUGGAGCAAGAAUAUUCGCGGGGGCCGCUUUGAGCUAGAGUUGAUCCGACAGCUGCAUCAUACCGACAGCAGUCGCGACAAUGGUGCCAAUAUCAGUGCCGGUAUCAGUUGUAUUUUGGCUCUCCCCCACGUGGUCUAUACGGGGGAUGAGGCUGGCCGAGUGUAUGAAUGGAACUGCAUCCAGCGGCGCUGA